GGGGGCCCUAGCCCUGGCCCUUCUCCCGCCUCACCUACCCCGCCGCCUACGGGACUGCCAAGAUCCACCUCCCGUGUCAGGGGAGAAUUGGGCGGGAUUGCCGAGUCCGGGAGGUUUUCUGGCCUUGAAAGACUUUCUCUUUUGCCUUGCCCGGGCAUAUGGGGAAUUCUAACAGUUCUAUAGUUUGCAGUGGGGCGGGGACAAUACACGCCUAAGGAGGUGGCCAGUCCGAGAAAUGACAUGGAAAAGGGGAUGGAUGGUGUUCAACAUCAUUUGCGUGGGUUAGAUAGGUAGUAUGUACAGCUUAGCUGAGUUAACGUUGCUCUAGGACCUUAACUCUUGCAAACCUGAGAAUCAGAAGGCAACGUUAUAGUUGCAUUAAGAUAAAUAUUUGCUGUUUAUAAGCAUUUACUAUGAUGUAAGAAUAAUGGGUGACUCAUGACACCACAGAUAUGUAGCUGCUCCCCACCAGAUUCGCAGUUAAUAUACCUAGGUGUAUCUCGAUUAACUGCUAGAAUCUGAAUUCCUGUUCUAUUGGGUUUAAGGAAAUAAGCAUCCCUGAUGGUCCUCCCCCUUUUCCCUAGAAACAUCUCUAUGCCUUAGAAGGCCUUGGGAAAAACCUUUUUUCAACCUUAUAUACCACUUUGUCAGUAUGGUCUAUCCUGGCUAGCAUAAUGGUGCGUUACUGGGUUAUGCCAGACAAAGUAGUAACCUACUUUUUGUUCUGGAUUUAAUCCACAUUAGAAAUGUUAUAUGCAGUGAAUACAUGGGGGUUGGAACAAGGACCAUGCUUGUAUUGGGAUGCCUUUCUUUGAGUAAUGUAAACUUCCUUUUAAUUGUCAUGCAUUUUUCUAGUAAAAGCUCUGCAAGUCUGCAAUAAAAAUGGCCUCCAAUAAAACUACAUUGCACAAAAUGGGAAAGAAACAGAAUGGCAAAGGUAAAAAAGUUGAAGAGGCAGAGCCUGAAGAAUUUGUUGUGGAGAAAGUCCUGGACAGACGUGUUGUCAAUGGAAAAGUGGAAUACUACUUGAAGUGGAAAGGAUUUACAGAUGCUGACAACACAUGGGAACCUGAAGAAAACUUAGAUUGUCCAGAGCUAAUCGAAGCUUUUCUAAACUCUCAGAAAGCUGGUAAAGAAAAAACAGAUGGUGCCAAAAGAAAAUCUUUGUCAGAUAGCGAAUCUGAUGAUAGUAAAUCAAAGAAAAAGCGUGAUUCUGUUGAUAAACCAAGAGGGUUUGCAAGGGGUCUUGAUCCUGAGCGGAUAAUUGGGGCUACGGAUAGCAGUGGAGAGCUUAUGUUCCUCAUGAAAUGGAAAGACUCUGAUGAGGCAGAUCUGGUGCUGGCCAAAGAAGCUAACGUGAAGUGUCCUCAGAUCGUAAUCGCUUUUUAUGAAGAGCGACUAACUUGGCAUUCAUGCCCAGAAGAUGAAGCACAAUAAUUGUUUGCAUUGCUUUUUUAUAUAUAUGAAUAUUAAAACCUGAAAUUUGUUUUAUUAGCAAUGUGAGAAGCAUACAUUCUAACAAGAAUCAAAUUUGAUAUUUUUUUGAAGUAGUAUGUUUUGCAUCAACAGCAAGUAAAUAAAAGCUUUCUGCAACUUGUUCCAUUUAUCACAAGAGAGCAUUUGAUACUACUACUUCUUCCAUAUUAGGUAAAAGCUUUUAUAAAACAUUCAUAAACUUCCAUAGUUAUUACAGAAUCAUAAUGAAUGUCUAAACAAACUCACAGAUGUUUUGUAGUCUUCUAUACUAUUGAUGUGCAUGUAUCUUCUUUACGCAAACCUAGCCCUUUAAACCUGUAGAAUUAUUCUUUUUAGUAUUUGGGAUCACUUGGUCUCAAGAAGACCUGGUGAAAACUAACUUUGUAGUAAUUUGAAUGUUAUCAGACUGUAUAUUGUUUACUUUAUUGUAAAUAAUGGUGAACAGUGGUCAAUAAAAUAGUUUUAUAUUCUUCCUUUAUACUGAUAGGCUGUGACUUUUUUGAAGCGGUAUGAUAUUUCUGAACUUUUGAUAUGUUAAGCUUUCAGUUUAACUGUAAGGGUUUUUUUGAGCAUAGAUUGAUUAGUUAAUAUUACCCCAUUGCUACUCUGUAAUCACAGUACCAGACAAAUACUAGGCUUUGAUUCUUUGUAUCUUUUUGGUGAACAAUGGCUGAAGCAUAGGGUUUUUUUCAGUGAGGAAGGGCCUGCAAAAUGAAUGUGCUUUGGGUACUUGUUUAAGUCACAGAUAUCAACUGCCUAGGUAUAGCUGCUGGUCACAAGACCAAGUGGCCUCUGCAGGACUACUAGGAAAUAUUUGACAUGUUGACAGUGUCAAUCUUUGCUUUAAUUUCAGGUCUUAAUACAAGGCUAUAGUGUAACUAGCGGUGGUUCUGACAAAAUGAUUAUUCAGGCCACUGCCUGAAGAAUACUUCCAUGUAAUAUCUUAAUGAAGAUAUUUUUCAUAUACUUAAGUCAUAUACGACUCAUAUACAUCAUCGUGUAUGAAAGACUUUGUUUCUAGUUCAGAUUAACUUUUAAAAUGAGUCCUAUAAUGAGCUGCUUGGAGAACGCCUUCAGGAGGGCAGAAGUAAGGGGUGGGAACUCAGGAGGGGGAAAGUUGCCUUUUUCCAUUCUUUCUCCAGUUGCCAUUCCUCUUUUCACUUGGUUUAAUCUACACACCUUCUUUUAUUUGUGUUUUAACUACCAUGGCAUAGUUUGCCUGAGUUGUGCCUCUCCAUAUGUCAAUGGCCAACCUUGUUUCAGAAUUCCCCUUAAUUUAGAGUUUUGACUAAAAAAAUAAAUCCUGUAAUAUGCUACUGUCAGUGUCCUAGGUCAGACAGUUAAAAUUGCCUAGCUGUCUUUUCUUAGAAGGUU